UGGCGGUAUCUGGAUAUCCAAUUUCUCGGGCAUUAUCUGGGUAUCCAAUUUCUCGGGCAUUAUCUGGACUUCCCAUUCCUCUGGCUGUAGUUGCCUGCGUCGAGUCUGCACCCGGGCCUCCCUCCCCAGGAGUGGCCUGGACACGUGAGCUCCUCAAAUCAGCGGCAUGCUCCUCUCCACACAAAAUCUGCGCCGGGGCCCCCCGGAAAUCUCGUUGCGGGUUUUCUCCAUCCGCCGGGUCUCUGUAUGCCUGCAGCUGUGCCUGGUGCCGUGCACCAGGGGACCUCGCCAAAUACACCUGGUUUUCCUGCGUGACCGGGCCCACACUUGCCGGCAGAUCCGCUUUUCCGUGAGAAUAGCUGGAAUGGCCAUUUAUCGGAUAGACGGGUGCCAUGUUCUGGGCCAGCGCACCCUGCCCAUGCAGCAGCGCCGCCGUGCUCGGGCCGUGCAUACGCCCGUCGUAUUUCUGCUGCUGGCCGCUUCUGUGCUGCUGGCCGGAAAAGACCGGCAUGCUGUGCCGCUGAGCGGCCGUGGCGCCGGCUUUUGGGAUCGCUUUGCCUUUGGAUACCGGCUCUGCGUUCCGGCCUGCCGAGCUUUGUGACGAGACAGACGAGAACGAUGCAUGCAGAAACUCACUGGCUGUCAGAGACACGGAAUCGGACGCCUUGGUGUGCGAAGGAGACGGCGCCUGAAACGAUCGACGACGGUCAUGAUCGUGAUGUCUCAAUUUGGCGAUGAGGCCCAUGGCGAGCAGAUGGGAAAGAGUGUCUCAAAAGGAGGUCUGGUCUCAGGAGGGCGCUGGCUUUCCUAAAAUACAGACUCGGUUCUAUAUUUGUCUCCAGGCACAGAUAACUGGAUGACGUAGACAGAAACUUCUCUGGCAACCCGUGGCCUCAUUGGUUUUCGGAGGUGCAGAAAGGCACGGGCCGUGGCUUUUUUUGCGACUAUGACGUUUUUGCCGCAUUCGGUGCAACCGUCAACAGCUCGGGCGUCCCGCCGACGCGCGCUCCGCCCGUAUGCCGAA